UGUUUUAUUUCAGCUCACAAUGCGUUCACGUCUCCACCAGACGCUUUCAAAAAAGCUGAACGCGUUUUGCGACCACUGUACGCUCCAUGGGGCGUAUUACCUGAAGAAAGGAAAAGGCACUGUCGUGCUGUGGAGCCUCAUAAUUGUGGCUGGCUUUACGCUGUGGGGCGUGCUUGGGCACAUGAUCUAUCAGAAGUAUAGCUCCGACCCCACCGUCACUGUGGUGGAGUCCACCUACUACGGAACUGACCAGAUUCCCUUUCCAUCAUUCAUGAUAUGCGACCCAAUGCCACUGUAUGGACCUAAAGCGGGGAACGUAUCUCGUAUAUUGUAG